UUGGUGGAUGCUGAUAGCACAGGUGAGAUGCAAAGCUUCCCCACAACCAUAUCUUUGUGCCCACGGAUUUGUUACUGAUCGAUCGUCAAAGGCGAAUUAUACAAUCAGCUGCGUGUUCAUAUUCGCAGGCGUCAACUAUGGCAUGGGGAGACACAACAAAUCUCUUGACCAAGUCCACGAAAUUGAGGCGCUCAAAUUUCAGUCCCUGGCGACAAUCACUUACAUUGCGAAUAUGAUGUUUAUUAAACUCUCUAUCGGUAUAUUCCUGCUGCGGCUUGCGACUCAAAGGCGUUACAAAUACACCAUCUACGGAAGCAUAGGCGUCGUGGCCGUGUGGAGCAUAGUCCUCUUCUUCUGGAAUCUGUUUCAGUGCCGUCCGGUUCAGGCGCAAUGGGAUUACACGAUCCUUAGGAAUGACAAGACCGCUUCCUGCGUAGACGUGGCGCAAGUCGUCAAUGCCGCUUACUCGCUGAGCGCCUUGACCGUAUUGUCGGACUGGUUCUAUGCCCUGAUCCCGAUCCCUAUGGUCUGGAGCGUCAAGAUGACAAAGCAGGCAAAGGCGACAGUUAUGGUCAUUCUGGGGCUGGGUGUCUUUGCCAGUAUCGCGACGCUCAUCCGGCUGAAAUUCCUGGCUGAUCUAACAGAUCUCGAUGACCUUUUAUUUGCCACGACAGACGCCAUGGUCUGGACUCUCAUAGAGCCAGGAGUGGCCAUUGUCGCCUCCAGCCUCGUUACCAUCCGGCCGCUGCUCCGGGCCUGGAAGAUCAGGGGCUUCUCGUCAACCGGGAACACCAGCAGCAAGAAGACUGGGACGGGGCCGCUGUCCUACGGGCAACGAUCAAACAUUAUGCCAGGUUUUGGCUCGAAAAAUUUGGCUUCGACAGACGUCGAGUCAGGUCAUGGAACAAACCGCUUUUCCUCGGUAGCAAGCAUAGACCAGAACAAAAGAGCGCGCCUCUCCCAGAUCAGCCCAAUCGUAGAGCGCAUCACCGAGACCCCCGAGGACGCCCCGGAGGGGCGAGAGACCGGGGAUGACUUUUUGAAGCCGGCCGGUCUCCGCCGCCAAUCGGAGGUGCCCAGCGAAGUAUACGUAAUAGAGGGUGCGCCAUCGCCGCGACUGCCGGGCCGCGCCUUUUAUAGCCAGCGCGACUGGCCGUCGUCGUACUCUGCCACCUCCUCCGAGGUCGAGCUCGCGGCCAUGCAGCCCGUGCACACACAGUCCGAUGGGAGAGUGGGCCUGGGAUCGCCGCGGCGGAGUACGGAAUAAAUACCGGCUUCAUAGACGUUUUAUAUAUAUAUAUAUCAAUGCUUGUUUUUUUUUUUUAUCCCGGCUUGAAUUGUUGGGAUGGUAUGGGAUGCUUCAAGAUGGGGGAACCGGGCCCGCGGCGCAAUGAAAGAGGACAAUGAUACCCUUGGGAUCAGGACGGGAAAACUCGGCAUUAAACUUUAAUGGGUAGCGAAUGACAAUUAUACAAUUGUGUUGACAUACUGUCUUCGGGGGGCUACCUUUUACGAUUGUUGCGUUUCUCUCAAUGACAUAUCUACAUGGUGAGCUCCGAUGUAUGUGUUGUCAACGUGGGCUAUCCGGGAGCGAUCCAAGCGUU